CCUUCCUUUGAUCUUUCACGCAAAUGUCUUUGAAUCAAUUGUUUUCACGGUUCCCAUGUUGUUUUUCUGUAUAUUGAUGCAUUUCUGGAGAAGAUAACUUUGCCUGAAAUGAAAGCUCUUCUAGUUUUGUUUGCGUUUCUUGUUUUGACGGACCAAGUGAUCAGUGGUGGAAGAAAACCCAAACUACACGGUCGUUUCAGCCAAGCAAGACUGCAUGUCACCGGCAAAGAAAAAAAGACUAGUAUACCAGGGUUACCAUCCGGAAUACCGGGUGUUUCUGUACCGUCAACCGGUGGAAAUGAAUCAGUGAUACCUGUGAUAACAGGAAACAACUCGGUUGUUCACGCUGCAACAGUUGGAGCCUAUGCAGGAGCACAGGCGGGGGCUAGUAGUGGCGCUCAAGAAGGAGCCAAGACUGGAGCUAAGGCUGGUGCCGAAGCAGGAGCCAAGGCGGGCGAGGAGGCAGGGUUGAAGGCUGGGGAAGAGGCUGGCAAACGAAUAGCUCACGAGAUAGCGCUGGAAACUGUUCAGAAAAUAUUAAUGGCACAAGUGCAGAGUGGUGGCGUUUUCAACGUCUUCGGACAGCACCCCACUCAGAAACCGACUACAGCAGCAGGUGGAGGAGGAGCUGGUGGCGGAGGGGGAGGUGGAGGAGGUGGUGGAGGUGGAGGUGCAUCUGCAGGAACAGGUGCAACUGCGGGAACUGCUGGGACAGCAGGAACGGCUGGAACAGCAGGAACUGCUGGAACAGCUGGCACAACUGGUGGGGGAGCUGGAGGAGGUGGUGGAGGUGCAGGAGGAGGAGGAGGAGGCGCAGGCGGAGCCGCAGGGGCAGCAGCAGGAGCGGCAGGGGCUGGUGGGGAAGAAGAAGGCGAGGGGUUAGCUGGAGUUACGACCGGUCUACCUAUAAUGGGUGGGGUUAUGGGUGGUGGGGCUGGAGGAGGGGCUGCAGCUGGAGCUUCAGCAGGAGGAGGAGCAGUGGCAGGGGCAGGAGCGGGAGCGGGAGCGGGAGCGGGAGCGGGUGCAGGAGCUGCUGCUGGUGCUGCAGGAGGAGCUGCAGCUGGCGGUGGAGCCGGUGCAGGUGCAGCUGGCAUAGCAGGAGCAGGAGCUCAAGCUGGUGGAGCGGCAGGUGCUGUAGCUGCAAUCACAGCAGCUGAGAUGGCUGUUGCUACAGCUAAAGCAGCCGCAGCAGUAAGCAGUAGUGGAGCAGCAACUGCUUUCUAUCACGGUGCCAUGUAUAUGAUUUAUUCCAUAAAUCGUCCCACCAUACAGAACUACAAAAGUAACGCACAGUUCUAUGUUCGAGGUGAAAAUCUCUUGCUUGGACCAAAGGGCCAAUACUUUAUCGCUCACGUUCCAGGAUUUAGUCGUGAUCGAAACACAAUCUCACUGGAAUCAUACUGCAAGAGGGGAUACUUCUUACGACAGAAGAAGUAUGGUUUUAUGCUUAGAGCCACACAUGCAAGCUUAAAUUUUGCCAAAGACGCAACGUUUUACAUUGGUCGACGGGAGCAUCUAAAAGAUACAUUUUCCUUUGGUUUGAUUCAUCAAGGCUGGUAUCUUUCAGCGUCAGACAAAGUUAGAUCUGAUUCGUGGAAGACAGUGGCUGCCUAUGACAACAAAACUAACGAGUUUGCCUUAGAUAGUUCCUUCGUUGUAGUUCCUUUUUCGAUGGACGACCCAAAAAUAAACUGCGAAACUAUAGGCCCGCAAGAACCAGAAGGACCUGAGGUGCCUCCAAGUAUACCAGGACAGCCUCCGAGUAUCCCCGGCGAACCGCCACCUCCGGCACCCUCUCCACCUGUGCCUUCCUACCCUGGACAACCUCAAUACCCACCAGUACCAGCUGGAAGUAAAUGCAUAGCGUUGCGAUUUAUUAAUGGAGUUGGUCAUCCGAUCAAGUUAAUUUCAGCAAUGAAGCCGGAAGGUUGGCUUGUCACGGGAGAAGAGUUUAGAAUCAGACUAACAUUCAAAGACCCUAAUCUUCACAAAUUCGUUACUUUUAGAGGAGAGGACCCCUAUGGCCAAUAUAUACUUCACUUAGAUGGUGACAAAACCAUAUCAGUUAUGCCCAGAACGGACUGCUCAGAAUACAUAGACGUACAGAUUACUGGUAUUCCAGUUCCACCACCAACAGUUCCUCCCCAAGUAACACCAGUACCAACCCCUCCACCACCACCCUCAGCUUCCCCACCACCCCCUCCUCCACCUGCACCUAUGCCACCACCACCACCUCCUCCACCCCCACCUCCACCACCACCUGCUUUGGCUCCACCUUCUCCGCCACAGCCUCCCGUCGCACCUCCACCAAUUACCCCUCCAGCAGAACCUGCGCCCCCGCCGCCGCCACCACCGCCACCGCCACCACCACCACCAGCACCGCCACCACCACCACCGCCACCACCACUAGCAGCAGUGCCUCCGCAGGCUCCACCAGCAGCUCCAAUGCCACCUCCAGUUACAGCUGCUCCGCCGCCAGCAGCUACUACUCCAUCUGGUGGAAAAGAUGUGCAUUAUCAUUUUCAUUAUCAUCCUGAUGUACUGGGAUGUGCCCCAACACAUGGUGGAAAUUCUGAGGGAGCGUGUUGUAUGUUCCCAUUCUCGUAUGAUGGAGAGCAGUACAACAGCUGUACAGACAUGGACAGCAGUAGAUUGUGGUGUGCUACAACGCGAGACUACGACGCCGACCAUAAAUGGGGUCACUGUCAAAGUUGCCAUCACACAUACGGCGGGAACGGAAAUGGAGCCUGUUGUCAGUUCCCUUUCGUAUAUAACAAUAUGAUUUAUCAUCACUGCAUUCGAGGAGACCAAGCUAAACCAUGGUGCGGCACGACAUACAACUACGACAAAGACGGCAAAUGGGGUUACUGUAAAGUAAAAGUUUCCGAGCCAAAGCCAACGGAAAGUUUUCACUUUCACGUCAAUGUACCCUGUCCAGGAAAUUGUCAAUCGAAGUGUGACGACUCUUGUCCAGCCCAUUGUUGUUCCUCCACGAGCUCCUGUCCGUCGUAUUGUGCGCAUUCCUGCAAACCAACCUGCCCAGAUGAGUGCUGCCUGUUUCCUUUACCGAUAAUUCAAAAUCCUCCACCUGCUCCUGCCCCUGCUCCUGCCCCUGCUCCUGCACCUGCUCCUCCUCCUUCGCCUCCACCCCCACCCCCUGUACCUCCACCACCACCGCCUCCUCCAAUUUUCAUUUCUUCUCCUUAUCCUCCACCACCACAACCUUAUGUACUACCAGCACCACCCCCGACAUACCCAGUCGCUUUAGGACCACCGGCUCCUUGUCCAACACUUUGUAACACUGUAUGUAUGGGCUCCUGUCCUGUGGCAUGCUGUACAAGAAUCACCCCUUUACCAGCCACUCGAGUCUAUAUUCCACCACUUGCACCCCAUCCACAACCAUACUACGUUCCGCCACCAUCUCCAUCUUAUCUUCAGCCUCAGCAACAACCAUGGCCAACUGCCUGCCCAGCAAUAUGCAAGUCAAAAUGUGUCAGCACCUGCCCCAUACAUUGCUGCCAAAAAUCAGUGUUAGAUAACCUUAGACGCUUAGCAAGUUCUCGUGAGCUACACACAAAUGUUGCAAAGUCGCUGACACCCGCCACACCAGGGUCCACCCCACAAGAUCGUUUUCAUCAAUCACCGGAUCAAAGAGAAUCAACAAGUGCACCCCAGCCUCCUCCCAUCUCUCUAUCACCAUUGUUAUCUUCCUCAAAAAAGUGUCCGGACAUUUGUUCACGGCAUUGCACUAGGGUAUGUUCACGUGAAUGCUGCACAGAAAAAGGUAAAGAUUCAACCCCAAACAGUGCGGAGGAUAAAGGAUACAUGCGACGGAGUAAAAUUCUCCAUAAGAGAAAACCAAAGAAGAGACUUGUGGUUCGGAAACGUAAAUGAAAAUAAUUGAGAAUACAGCAAGUUGACAGGUUCUGAGCAAGGAAUGGAUAUCUCAUCUUGUUUUCAUCUGGGAAUGGAUGCUACAUCCUUUUCUUUGUUUAGAACACACAUAGGCAUUUAUAUUACACAUUAAUAGAAUAUAUUUCUAAUCUCCAUUGUUGGGUGACCAUGAAGACAGAGUCAAAUGUUGCUCCCUGACAAAAAUAACACGCAGCAAAAAAUCCACAUACAGCAAGAAUCUGAAAAAAUUUAUAUAUGUAUCAUAGUUUUAGAACAUUUUACUACAUUUCUUUCUGGAGCAUGGCUAUUUAUUCAUACUUCAACAUCGGUGAAUUUAAACUUGAUUAUCUUGAGCAUGUUAUGAGGGUUUUUACAAGAAAAAUAAAAGAAAAGAAGGUA